UCGGGUCUACUCGCCAUGGCGGACGCCAACGCCGAGGUGGUUGCGGUCCCCGCGUCCGGGGCCGCCAAUGGCCUCAGCAGCAAUGGGGCAGGCGCCACUCCGGCGCAGCCCAACAACCCGCUGUCCCGCAAGCUGCACAAGAUCCUGGAGACGCGGCUGGACAAUGACAAGGAGAUGUUGGAAGCUCUCAAGGCUCUUUCGGCUUUUUUUGUUGAAAAUAGUUUGCGGACUCGAAGAAACUUACGCGGCGAUAUUGAGCGUAGGAGCUUGGCCAUCAAUGAGGAAUUUGUAAGCAUUUUCAAAGAAGUGAAGGAGGAACUUGAAAGCAUCAAUGAAGAUGUCCAAGCAAUGAGCAGCUGUUGUCAGGACAUGACAAGUCGCUUACAGGCGGCAAAAGAACAGACUCAAGAUUUAAUAGUAAAGACUACUAAGCUUCAGGCAGAAAGCCAAAGAUUAGAAAUUAGAGCACAAGUUGCAGAUGCCUUUUUAUCCAAGUUCCAGCUGACUUCUGAUGAAAUGAGUCUUCUCCGGGGCACAAGAGGAGGCCCCGUUACUGAGGACUUUUUCAAGGCGUUGGGAAGAGUGAAACAGAUUCAUAAUGAUGUCAAAGUUCUUCUGCGAACCAACCAACAGACAGCAGGUUUGGAGAUUAUGGAACAGAUGGCCUUGCUUCAGGAAACAGCUUAUGAAAGACUUUAUCGAUGGGCUCAAAGUGAAUGCAGAGCAUUGACUCAAGAGUCCUGUGAUGUGUCUGUAGUUUUAACCCAGGCCAUGGAAGCCCUGCAGGACAGGCCUGUCUUGUACAAGUACACGUUAGAUGAAUUUGGAACGGCCAGGCGAAGUACCGUUGUUCGUGGGUUUAUUGAUGCUCUCACAAGAGGAGGGCCAGGAGGUACCCCUAGACCCAUUGAAAUGCACUCGCAUGACCCUUUAAGGUAUGUGGGAGAUAUGCUGGCCUGGCUCCAUCAAGCUACUGCCUCUGAGAAGGAACAUCUGGAAGCUCUCUUAAAGCAAGUAACUGCACAGGGUGUUGAAGAAAAUAUUCAAGAAGUCGUUGGGCAUAUCACUGAGGGCGUGUGCCGGCCUCUAAAGGUUCGAAUCGAACAAGUAAUCCUUGCUGAACCUGGGGCUGUUUUGUUAUAUAAAAUUUCUAACCUCCUCAAGUUUUACCACCAUACAAUCAGUGGCAUUGUUGGAAAUAGUGCAGCUACUCUACUGACGACAAUUGAAGAAAUGCACUUGCUAAGCAAAAAAAUAUUCUUCAGUAGCCUGAGUCUCCACGCAAGUAAACUGAUGGACAAGGUUGAGCUCCCUCCGCCUGACCUUGGACCGAGUUCUGCCCUGAGUCAGACACUCACCUUGCUGCGGGAUGUCCUGGCAUCACACGAUUCUUCAGUCAUCCCCCUGGAUGCUCGGCAGGCUGACUUUGUGCAGGUUUUGUCGUGCGUCUUAGACCCUCUCCUCCAGAUGUGUACAGUAUCAGCCAGCAAUUUAGGCACAGCUGACAUGGCCACAUUCAUGGUCAACUCACUAUACAUGAUGAAGACAACAUUGGCUCUGUUUGAAUUCACAGACAGGCGCCUGGAAAUGCUUCAGUUUCAGAUUGAAGCUCAUUUGGACACUCUUAUAAAUGAGCAAGCCUCUUACGUUUUAACUAGAGUUGGCUUGAGCUACAUCUACAAUACUGUACAGCAGCAUAGACCUGACCAGGGUUCUUUAGCCAGUUUGCCCAACCUAGAUUCGGUGGCACUGAAGGCUGCAAUGGUGCAGUUUGACCGCUACCUCUCAGCCCCAGACCACCUGCUGAUGCCACAGCUGAACUCUCUGCUCAGUGCCACGGUGAAAGGAAGUAGACUGGCAAAGUGCCUCCAGGCUGUGACUUCUCAGAUUCAACAGAGUGGAGGUGAGGGGCACAGAUGGAGCCCAGGGGUCCUGCGGAAAUCAGAGAUGGUGAUUGGUUGGCUUGGGAGAGGACAGAAGAGCACACAUUCUCAGGAGCUCACCACAAGGUACGUGAUGAGGCUGGGUAGCCAUCUUCUGGAUCGGUGAUGCCAUCCUUGCAACAUGCCAUUUCCAGACCCGGAAGACUUCCUUCAAGCAGCUGCGAUGUCAAGUGUUACCUCUGGUUGCUUGUCCUCUUUUACCUGUGAGGGUAUUAAGUUCAGGAAAUAACUUACUCUACUUCCUCCCUAAGUAAAAAGAAAGCAGAAGCACAAAACAAGCAGUUCAAGCGCUAUGGUAGAAAUUAACGUCGUUUUAUGUUGUCUUUUUCUUUAAUAUCACAUACUAAUGGGCAGCAUUCCCUUCUCACAGCUGUUUCUUUUCAUCUGAUCUUUUUCUUCUGAGCAAAAUCUACUCACUUAUUAUUGAUACCAACUGUGGAAGAUUUUUUAGUAAUUUCGGAUGUGGUUGCUUAUAUUACCUUACUUUUGUUUUUGAGUGACAUAAAAUGUAUUCUUUUUGUUUUUUGUUUUUGUUUUGUUUUGUUUCUCAAAACAGGGUUUCUCUGUGUAGCCCUGGCUAUCCUGGUACUCGCUUUGUAGACCAGGCUAGCCUCAAAUUCAGAGAUCCUCCUGCCUCUGCCUCCGGAGUGCUGGGAAUUAAAGGCGAGCACUACCACAGCUCGGCAAAAAAUAUCUUCUUUAAAGAAUAAUACUUCAGGGUGGAAAUACACGACAUUCCCUGGAAAGGGACUUGUCCUGCUUCGGUAGGAGGUGAGAGCAAGCCUGGAGUAGAAGAUCACCAACUUCUGAAGUCCCUACCAUACUUACACGGUAACUCAUUUUUAUAAGGUCAACUAAUUCACAUUUUUAACUGGUGACAACCAGCAUGUAAACAUUGGCCAAUAACUAGAAAAUUGUAUUAUAAAGAACAUACAUAUGUGUGUAUGUGUAUGGAAUCAUCUCCAUAUAAGUGCAUUUAUGGACAAGCAUAGAUUCUCAAACUAUAAUAAUACAAACAGCUCCAAUACACUGAUGCA